GCCGCGUUGAGAGGUUGUUCAACAUGGUGUGGUGUAAUUCUCAGUUUUGCUUCUUGGUACUGAGGACUUUGGCCUGUUUUGUAGCAGUUUCCUAUGGAAGUAUUAGAGAUGGGAGCACAUUUAGGUUAACAAAUGAAGAGACCGAUCCGACGGAAUUCGAAACCAAAUUUAGAAGAGACUUCCUUCGUGACGCAAAUGAGCCCAGAUCUCCGACUGGCGUCGUAACUGGAAACGGCUCUCUUGCCUUUGAUUCAGACGGUCGGGAGUCUAACCAAACAACAGGCAUGGCUUCUCGGCACCUGUUGAUGAAUGCUAAACUAAAACGCAUGGGACCUUCGGUGCAGUGCGCUGAUGAUGCUAUGACCUUGCGGGUGAAGGGAGGGAAGACUCCUCAUUUUCUGGUUGACAAUGGUGACGGGACUCUCAUUCCCGUGACUCGGAUGCCUUCUCAGUGUGGAUUCUCUGUGAGAAGGUCACGCAGAGAUGUGCUUUUUGUAGCUCCAUACCAAGGCUGCCAUGUUACUCAACGGGGUGGAGAUCAUGUACUGCAUUUAAAGCUGUGGGGGGAAUCCAUGACAAUGUCUUGUCCUCUUGCACCUCCUCGCCCUUCAGUCUCCUGCCUCAGAAACGGCAUGGUGUUGAAUAUGGGUAACAUUGCAGCAGAUGCACUCUCUGUAAAAGUCUCUAACGUAUGGGAGCCCCUGCUGUCAUCCAGACAACUUUGUGGAUUUUCUGUGGCAUCACAUUCUAGCAGAUUGAUGAUCAGGGCUCCUUACAAAGAACCCUGCGUCAAGAUGGAGGAUCAGGUGCAUGUUCUUGUCCUGCUGAUGAAUGGCCAACAGUUUGCAGUAUCCUGCCCAUCUCCACCUGCUGCUCCGGCAACAACUGAUCCCCUGACACCAGACAAUCUUCCUUACCCUCAGUUUCCAGGGCUGCUGGGCUCCCCCGGGUCCCCCCAGUAUCCAGGGCUGCCGGGCUCCCCCGGGGCUGCCAGGUUCCCCAGGCUCUUCUCAGUUUCCAGGGAUGCCAGGUUCCCCAGGCCAGGGUCCCCCCAGUAUCCAGGGCUGCCAGGUUCCCCCGGGUUCCCUGAGUUACCAGGCCAGCCAGGUUCCCCCGGGUUCCCAGGCCAGCCACCAGGUUCCCCUCAGUCCCCUCAGCUUCCGGGGUCACCUCAGUUACCAGGGCUAACAGGUUCCCCCGGGUCCCCUCAGUUACCAGGACAGCCAGGUUCCCCCGGGUCCCCUCAGUUGCCAGGCCAGCCAGGUUCUGGACCCACUCAUCCCCAGAGGCCUCCCUGUGUUAACUCCGCCCACUACAAACGCAAGCCAAAGAGGGUUAAGCAGAUGGUCCCUCCAGUGUACAACAUUAUGUUCCGGGACGAUGCUUCCCUUCAGUUGAAUGUUACACAGGCUCCAGCAGGGACCCCCAAGUCUUCCACCACUGCUGGUGUCGAGGACCAGAGGAGGAUUCCUGGGUUUGGUUCUGCCAGUAGGGGUGCCCUCCCUCCUCCACCUGCUGAGGACUCGUAG